UAGAAGAAGACGCUUUUACACAAUUGCAUAACAGUAACUAAGUGUCACAGGUUCCUGUCUGUGGUGGUGCCUGACCUUUGCUGAAACAUGGAUUUUUCAAUGUACGACAACAGAAAUCCAUACACGGUUUACAACUUCCACAGUUGCCCCAGACCCGUGGCGAACUCUAUAAAUGGAAGCAAUAGGUCUGACCGCCGCGUGGUCAUAGGUAAAACUGCCACUCAACCAAACUCUGCUGAAAUACAAAGACGACAGGAGUUGGAGAGGAGAGCGUUGACUCCUGACGUGUUGCCGGGAAGGAAAAACAUAAGUGUACAAACGGAUCUUUACAUCGAAACGCUGAGAGAUGUUCCCCUGGCUACAGACAUCGUGUGCCAGACGGACGCUAUCAUGGACAUACCGAUGUCUCAACUUCACCCUCCCACUAAGUGUGGCAAUGAUGUUGCAACACAGCUACAGGUCGGAGAGCUGUUUGACUUUUACAGGGAGGUGAAGCCCUUGAUUGAUUACCUGGUCGGUAGGACGAUCGAGCAGUCACUCCAGGAGGUGAUGGAGGAGGAGGAGCUGGCCCGUGUGAGGACACAGCUCAGGGCCUUCCAUGCUCUACGGAACAGCGAGCUGGCCGAAGUGCAGCGGCUUCACGAGCAGGAGAGACGCCGCAGAGAGGAAAGACAGCGCAGACGUGCCGAGUUGAGGAAGGCACUGAAGAAAGAGACAGAGACGGCAGAAAAAAUUGCUGCCCGCGCUUUUACAAGGGAGUUCUUGGCUAAUCUCUUCCCCUCAGUCUUCAUCUCACUCACCAGUGAUGGCUACUUUUAUGACCACGUGGAGAGAGACCUUGAGAGUCACUUCUUACCUUGGCUAAUGACUGAGGUGAACAACAAUCUGGAGAGAAGAUUCAGAGCGAGACGCUUGCUGGACACGAUUGUCCACGAAAUGACCCAAGUGAAAUUGGAGAAGCUGCAGGAACUGAAGACACGGCCGAUAACGCCUGACGUCGAAUCUGACGACAAAACUGCAAAUGCACAGACGUGAUCGAUAACAUUAUUAUUAAGGAUGGUCAAAAUCACUGGAUCGGAUAACGGACGGAUACAAAUGUAAAAUCCAAUGCAAUCUUUAAGUCCAAAAUACUGUACAAAUGUAAAUAAAAGCAACAGCAUUUUAGCAGAGUCAUGUUGAGGGCAUGUUUAUUCCAUUGUUACUGUGCUGGAGAAUUAGGUUUUUUUGAAAUACCUUGAAAUGACUCAGCACAAAUGUGUCGCUAACAGCUUCAUAGUUUAAAUUGACCGUAUCGUAUCGGUAUCGGUACAUACUUAAGUUUGUCAUAUCGGUAUCGGACAUUAAAAAAAGUGGUAUUGUGCCAUAAUAUUAUGAUCACUUAAUUUAUAUUACCAUUAAGCCGUCUAAUUUUGAACUAUCUGGGAAAGCAGAGUACCCACACUGUUCUACUUCGCCAUGGCAACGCGUCUACAGAUCAAAGUUGUCAUUGAGCAGGUACCAAGUUACUCAAUGAUCAGGUCAUGUUUCUGGCCAGGAGGCUGUAAAAGCUCCAUGCAGAAGUUAUGCAUGUUUGCCACUCACAAGCAUAUUAUAUUAUAAUUAUUAUUAUAAAAAUAUUGAUUACAGCAGCUUUAGGGACAUCUUUCAGG